AACUCAGAGGAUCUCCAACCAACAUUGUACACCAGGUACAUUGAUGAUAUUUUCUUCCUCUGGACCCAUGGCGAGGAGUCACUGAUAAAACUACACAGUGACAUCAACGAGUUUCAUCCCACCAUCAAACUCACCAUGGACUACUCUCAACUAACUGUCUCAUUCUUGGACAUGUGCGUCUCCAUCAAGGACAGACACCUCAGAACCACACUCUACCGCAAACCCACAGACAACCUCACAAUGCUACACUUCUCCAGCUUCCACCCAAAACAUAUUAAAACAGCCAUUCCCUAUGGACAAGCCCUACGCAUACACCGGAUCUGCUCAGAUGUGGAGGAACGUGACGGACACUUGGAAGUACUCGGGGAUGCCCUCACAAGAAUGGGGUACGAUGCUCAACUCAUCGACUGCCAUUUCCGACGUGCCACAGCAAGGAACCGUAAUGACCUCCUCAGGAGACAGACACGUGCCGCAACUGACAGGGUAAGGAUGCCCGGAGGCAUGGUACAUUGGGAAAACGGAGCAAAGGCUACGACAACGGAUGAAUGGGCACCGCUCAACAAUCAACAGACAGGAGGGUUCCCUCCCAGUUGGAGAACACUUCAGUGGCCAGGACAUUCAGCCUCGGACCUUUGGGUUACCAUCCUCCAAAGUGGACUUCGGGACAGGCAGCAGAGGAAAGUGGCCGAGCAGAGGCUGAUAGCUAAGUUCGGUACCCAAAGGGAGGGCCUCAACCGGGGCUUGGGUUCAUGUCACAUUACAGGUGAUCACUAUUGCACUACACACACACACACAGAUAUUCCUAUACACACACAGUCUCACAUACACACGGACACAGGUACACACAGACUCAUACACACACCCUUAUAGACACACACACUCCCACACUCACACAUGCACCCCCAUUCACAGACUUAAGACACUCUGGACUCACUACACACACACACACACGCACACAUACACACACUUUCUCACACUCACAACCCCCACCACAGACAGACAGACACACACACACAGACAGACAAAGACCCACAUGCACACAUAUAUUUUGUGGGGUGAAUUUGUACUGGCAGGGUUACAUUGCACUUUGCUCAAUAACUGCAUACAUUCAUGUAAAACUCUGUUAUUUCACUUUUUAGAUUAGUAUCAAUUUAAACAUCAGGUCAUAGACAGAGAACAUAGGAGGCUAACAUCUUCAACAUAUUGUCCAUCUAUCACCAUUGUUCACAGCUAACCCAAGAAUGCAACUUUAAAAAAAAAGGUUUUGUGAUUUAAAUAUGAAAGAAGUGAGACUAUCACUGUAUUCUAACAGAUGAAAGGCUUAACAGACAAUCAAUUUUUCAAUGUAUAAUUUCAGUUACAUCACACUGCAAAUUUUUGUGAUAAAUUCUGUGUUACAAUCGAGCCCUCCACAAUCACCUGAUGAAGGAGCGUCGCUCCGAAAGCUAGUGUGCUUCCAAUUAAACCUGUUGGACUCUAA